GCGCGCGCCUUGUGACGUCAGAGCGGCAGCGGAGAGACAGAGACGGGAGCUGGAAGGGGUAGAGUGAUACCGACGGAUUGAACGACAGCGCGAGAGAAACUGCCCGACCGCACCGUCACCCGCUCACUCACUCACUCAAUCACCGGGAUACAAAAGCAAACAAUAUACCUCCCCAAGCCAGCUACCUUCUCAACCGGGGCCAGGCAGCAUCAAUCUCCCCCCUACCCCCUUACCCGCUGGGAUCAGGACCCGGGACCCCCCUCCCCCCCGCCCGCUCCCGUUGGACCCGGGACCCCCCGAGCAGUCAUGGGCUGCACCCUGAGCGCGGAGGAGAGAGCUGCGCUGGAGAGGAGCAAACAGAUCGAGAAAAACCUGAAGGAGGAUGGGAUCACCGCGGCCAAAGAUGUCAAGCUCCUGCUACUGGGGGCCGGGGAAUCUGGGAAAAGCACCAUUGUGAAGCAGAUGAAGAUUAUUCACGAGGAUGGAUUCUCGGGCGAGGAUGUCAAGCAGUAUAAACCUGUGGUUUAUAGCAACACUAUCCAAUCUCUGGCAGCCAUCGUCCGCGCCAUGGACACCCUGGGCAUUGAGUAUGGUGACAAGGAACGGAGGGCUGAUGCCAAGAUGGUGUGUGAUGUGGUAAGCCGCAUGGAAGACACAGAGCCUUUCUCUCCUGAGCUGCUGUCUGCCAUGAUGAGACUCUGGGCAGACUCUGGAAUACAGGAAUGCUUCAACCGAUCCCGGGAAUACCAGCUUAACGACUCUGCUAAAUACUACCUAGACAGUUUAGAUCGAAUCGGAGCUCCGGACUACCAGCCCACAGAGCAAGAUAUCCUGCGAACCAGAGUGAAGACUACAGGCAUAGUAGAAACUCACUUCACAUUCAAAAACCUCCAUUUCAGGCUGUUUGAUGUUGGAGGACAGCGAUCAGAACGUAAGAAAUGGAUCCACUGUUUUGAAGACGUGACAGCCAUCAUCUUUUGUGUGGCUCUGAGCGGGUACGAUCAGGUUCUUCACGAAGACGAAACUACGAACCGGAUGCAUGAAUCCCUCAAACUGUUUGACUCCAUCUGUAACAACAAGUGGUUCACAGAUACAUCCAUCAUCCUAUUCCUGAAUAAGAAGGAUAUCUUCCAGGAGAAAAUCAGGCGUUCUCCUCUAACUAUCUGCUUCCCGGAUUACACAGGCCCAAACACUUACGAAGAUGCUGCAGCUUAUAUACAAGCACAAUUUGAGAGCAAGAACCGCUCUCCAAACAAGGAGAUUUACUGUCACAUGACCUGCGCCACGGAUACGAAUAACAUCCAGGUGGUAUUUGACGCCGUCACCGACAUCAUCAUUGCCAACAAUCUCAGAGGCUGCGGCUUGUACUGAUUCCUCUGUAUAGCAAAUUUAUCUGCUGGUGAAAAAAAAAACCACAAAAAAAACGCAAGUUGGUAAACAGAGAAGGCAAAACGAAACACACACACAUAUAUAUAUAUAUAUAUAAAUAUAUAUAUAUAUAAACCAAUCUUUUUAUUUUGUCUCAAAGAGCUGUCAACAGAACAGAUUGUCCGCAGCUCUUGUGCUCCCCAAGUAUAAGAUCCUUGAUUUUUAAGGAUCGCUUUUAAAGCCUGAUCCUUUAACCCCAUCAGUGCUGAGAUGUGAAUUGCCGCUGGUCCUAACCAGGGCUGAAGAGGGUUAUAACAUAUCUUUGAUGAAAGGUAAACGAUAUUCUGUUUUUAAAUCAACUUUUUUAUUUUGUGUGUUUCUCUCAAAUAUCACACGCGCGCACACAGGGACCUAUUUAAACAAUCAGGUUGAUCUAUUCUGUUCAGCUCUUGGGUUACAAAACAAAUCAAUGUAAAAAAAAAAGAAAAAAAAAAUGUAAAAAAAAAAAAUCCAAACCAGGUAGAUGUGUUUGUGAGACUCGCAGGACAGCGCACUCAACCUUUUGUGGGUGCUCUUUCUGAAUGAGGGUCUUUUGAGGGAUCAGUGGUAACCCCUCUAGUCUGUGUAACGUUAAGCAGCGGGUCCCACUUGUCUUGAAAAAGGUAUCAGUGCCAACCCAAACUGCGGAGCGGGGGGGGAACAGCCUGCAGAUAAAGGGGGGAAACCCGCGCUUGCUGUCCCUCCGUGCUCCACACUGUUCUAUGGACCCUCAAAUUGACGUUCUGCAGGUAGCAUGACCUUUGGCCUUUGUAAAAACACAGCCUUCCUUAAAGUUGAUGUGUUAUGUUAUCACUGGAUUAGUGGAUGCAUAGAAUGCUGUAAAUCUGGUUUAGCUAAGUCUGUACAUUUAGAAGAAACUAAACAGUUUUUUUCCCCAUGUGCUUGUAGCUUUAUGACACCUUCCUUAUUAUUCUCUUUUUUUUUUGGGACUAUUUUUCCUUUCCUCACACUAUUUGCAAAAUGACAUCAUAACUCUAUGUAACCCUUUCACUGGUGGAAAGGCCAGCACAGCUUCCAACAAAGAACGGGUUCAUGGAAAUCCAUGUAAUACAUUUUUUUUGUUUGUUUUUUUUUGUUGUUGGAAGGGGGACAGGACUUGAUUUAUUUCUGUUGGACUUGUAACCCUGCGUAGAAUAAUAUAUAUAUAUAUUCUCAAACACAAAAUGGAGAAUUUUCCAGGGUAAUUAAAAUGUACAGAUCUAAUGUCUGAUUAGGUUUCCAUGCUCUGAACUCUGUACCAUGCACUCUCUGAGUUUGUAUAGAAAAAGCACAGCUCUCACUUACCUCCAGCUGCCCAAAUAUUUUGCCCUUUAGACAUUUUGCUCGGAAUUCCGUAUAUUACAAUCCGAAAGGCUCAGUUACUUUCCAGCCUCCUUUACUUUCCCAAGUGAAUGCUUUGUGCUGCUUUUUUCCUCCCCUCCCUUCCUUUUAGUGAAUGGUGUUUUUUCCUCUCAUGUGGGAUGUUUGUGCUGCGAAAAAAAAAUGGAAAAAAAAAAAACACGUAAAAAAAAAACAAAAAAAAAAAUUUCAAAUUUAAUCGAAUGUAGUGUUUACAUUAAAUCCACAGUUUUCAUGACCAAACCUUUGUCAUUUCUACUUUGAUUAGAAUUCAGACUUCUUCACCAUUUCACUUGCAAACUGAAGAAGAACGGUCACAAAUGUUAAAGAAAAAAAAAUAAAUAAAAAAUGAUGAAUCAAUAAAUGAACGAGAAAUGAAGCUGAGGUGUGUUCCUUGUAUUGCAAAGCGCUCAGUCUGGUGCUGCCAGCGACUCUCGUAACUAAUGGAAACUCGUGUGUAGCUUAAUAAAGAGAAUGUUUGUCUGUACA